GGCUGUUCCUUGUUUUCUCCCAGACUGCUCGCCAAGUUUGUCAAAGUCUGGUUUGUAAAGCUGCUCGGCAAUUUAGCUUUUCAAGUACCCACAGGACCUCGCUGGGUUUUCGUUUUAAGUCUGAGUAGUCGAUUUAUUUUAAUAAAAGAAAUAAGUAUGUACAAGAUGGGAUUCAGGCACCUAGUUCUCCUGACACUGGCUGUAUUCCUCUGUAUUUCAGCCCAGAUAGAUAACAUUUCAAAUGAAGGUGAUGUGGUAACAUUUGGAGGAACUGAGGACAAAAAUGAUUCCGCAAUGUCUGCAACCCCUGUACCAGGAAAUGAAAGGACUGGCACUGACGAAGACAGCAAUGAAUCAAGCACCGCAUCUUCAACAGAGUCAAAUUCAACUGAGGAUGGCACACCUGGCAUUGAUGACGCUGAAGCGAAGGACUUCCUAGAAAUGCUCACCCUGAUCGGAAUAAUAGUUGGUGCCAUUGUAGCUGUGAUCAUCGUUCUAACAAUUAUUGUUGUCAUCAUUAAGAAAAUGUCUGGUGGAUACUCGCCCUGAGCUGCUUAGAUGAGCAGAGAUGACUAACUGGUGGUUCUGAAGUGAGAAUGAAGUCAUUUAUAUCAGGACAACUGGAGUCACUGAAAUAAAAUUUGAGUCACCCUUUCCAACUUUCCUCGGAUCCAACAACUGUCUGACUCUGAGAGCUGGGUGAAAUCUGCCGUUUGCUCUUAAAAAGGCCUGGAAU